GUUGGCUCUUGCAAUCGACAAGCCUUCGAUCUGCGGGGAAAUGUCGUUGAAGGAAGGAGAGGAAAGCGACAGUUAUGCUAAUUUUUCAGUCCAAUAUGGCGAGAAGGAAUCAGUUUGAGAUUUAGCGAGAAAGAAGAAUGUUGUCGUGAAUUCUUUUGGGAAUUUUUAACAUCAGGUUUCCAUGGUAGGCAACCACAUUUUAUGAAGAUACAAGACAUUUGGAGGAUUUAGAUUGAGCAGAAUGUUCAUGAGAAGGAGGUGUCUAUUUUGUUUGUCACCAGAAGGAGUCAAAUUGGAAAAGGUUACCGCAUGGAAGAUGGAGUAAUUGUGACCUUAUCGUUUUGACCAAACCCAGUGGAUUGGAUUCAUUGCUGUGAGUUGCUGUACUGGAUUAACUGUGUAGGAUAUAGUCAUAUUGGAUAACGCUAUGAUAUUGCAAAAGACACCAGCCAUUAGAGGGAAGUAUAACCAGGCAGACUGGUAAAAGGACAGUUGAUCUGGCAUUUGUAAUCGAAGAGGUCUUGUUGGGAAGGUUGUUGUAUGGAUGAUCAGGUAGUUGUGUUCUUAUCAUGAUGAGGAGAGCUUGAUUGGAUUCGGUGCCCUGACUGGCUAUGUUGGAUACAGCAAUAUUGUGGUAACGUUAUCAUAUUGCAAAAGGGAGUCUAAGGAUGAUUGCAGGGGAUACACAGCACAGUGGUUGUCCAUAUUAUGGUGAAGUUAUCCUAUCGGAAAAGAAAGCCUUAGGAUUCUUGCAGGGAAUACGCACUAGAAACGUCCAUAUUGUGGCCAAAGUGACAGCUAGACAGGAUUAAAACCAAAGAGACCUUGGGUCGUGGGAAAUUAAUGAAUUAGUUUCUGAGUGAAAUUUGUGGAUACUUAAGCCUGUUUAAGACACCUGUUUCAUUCGAGGAGAGUGCAUGUCAUCAAGAGUUUUAGUUGGCUUCAGUUAUGGCCCAUCGAUCCUGAAUUUGGUAGAUGAAAAUGGAAUUUAUUCAUUAAUUUAGCUGCUCCUGUAUCAAGUAUCACAAUGUUCAGACUCGACUGCCAGGCCGUGUUCUCCAUUACUGGUUUUAUCAUAUCGGUGCUAAUAUCACUCGUGGCAUCCGACAGCUGUCCAGAAACGUGUCGAUGUCAAUCGACUCGUGUAAAUUGUUCCACACCAUUUACUAGCGCCCUUCUGAGACAAACAUUAGAAUCAUUAUCAGAACAAACGACAGUAUUAUCAAUAGUGUACACAUCGAGCAUUCUCCCAGCGUAUCUUUUCUAUCGAUUGUCAUUGUUACGGAAGCUGGAGAUUCGGGGCGAUCAGAAUUUUCAUACGCUGCACAAAGAUUCAUUUACAGGAUUAUAUAACUUAAGAAAGCUGAUCAUAGUUGACACUAACAUCAAAACACUGCCAGCAGAUUUUGUUAUGCCAUUAAUUAAAUUACGCCACAUAGAUAUUAGUCGGAAUAAACUUGGUAAUUUGAUCGAUAAUACGUUUUUCUGGUCUUCCAAGAAUAUUACAUAUUUAGACAUGUCCAGAAACGAACUUUCUAAUCUACCUUGGGGAAUAUUCCGGCACGUCCCAAAUAUUGAGACGCUGCAUUUGGGCGAAAACAAUCUUGGGAGACUAGAUGUUGAUUUUUCCACAGCAUCGAAACUCCAAAAGUUAUAUUUAGAAAAUUCCAACCUCACGCAACUCGGAGAGAGGACUUUCAUUGGAUUAACAAGCCUAAAUAUUCUGGUGUUGAAAAAUAAUCAAAAGCUUGUAGAAAUAUCACAGACAGCAUUCGAACCGCUAGAAAAUUUGCGCACACUUCAAUUAGAAAAUGGCAGCUAUUUGAAUUUAGUGUCGGAAAUGUUUCUGGGUUUGUCCAAGUUGACGCAUUUGUAUCUGAGCUCAGGGUUUAGGAAUACGAUACUCCCGUUCAAAGUGUUCAAUGGUCUGAAGUCGUUGCGGACUCUGGACUUGAGUUUUACAAACCUGACCACGAUUACAAGUGAUGACUUGGAACCAAUUGCAGAAUCAGUCCAAAACCUUAAUCUUAGCCACACAGACAUGAAAAUACUUGAAAAUAAUACAUUCUCGGAUUGUGUUCAAUUGAAGGAACUUAACUUAAGUAAUGCCUCAAAUUCGAAAGGAGUUGGCACAUUUGAGGCUGAGACCUUUGGUGGCCUAUCCAAUUUAACUAAAUUAGACAUAGGCCAAAACAGUUUUCAGACACUGUCCUAUCCAUUCAUACAGAUCCUUACUCCCCUAAAAAGUGCCACGAUAUUUGCAAAUAGCGACAAUUUGACCUGUGAUUGUGGUGUGUUGCCCUUUGUCAAAUGGCUUACUUCAAAUUCGAUCGAUAUCAGGAUGAAAUGUCUGCGACCAAGCUGGGUCUACUCACAUGAUAUCAAGACCCUGAAUGCCCAAACUCUGCGAUGUGUAAAACCGGACGGGUACGAAAACACCCUUAUCCUUGAGCAAGACGGUGUGGGUAAAACAGUUACCGUCUCGUGCAUUGCAUAUGGCUACCAUGACUACCCCAAUGUUUCAUAUACCGUAACUGGUAAUCCAUUAGUCAAGGACAAAACAGACGAAUUCCGCAAUCUCCGAAUUGACGACAACUUAAACCAAUAUGUCACCAAUCUAACUUUCAAAAUUCAUGGCUUUAAACCGGAAAAUAGUGGAUCUAUCCAUUGUAUUGCUUCAAAUGAGUUCGGGAACACAUCAUGGGAAAUGAAGAUUGCGUAUGAAAACAAACAACACCCGAAAGCGAUUAUUGUUCCGUGGGCGAUAGUUGUUAUUGUAUUGGCUGUGGUUGUCACAGUGACCGUUGUGGUUUGUUGGUGUAUAAGACGUACGAAGGAACCAGAUGAGUUGAAUGAAGAUGAGGAUGACGAGGAUGAGUUUUCACCAUCAGACGAAUUCUAAAAUGUCCGAUCCAUCUGAAAAAGGCAUAUCUGUUGGUGGUCACAGUUUGUUAGUAUCUACCCUUUCCUUAUGGCAUGACAUUUUGAAGGUUAUCUCGACGACUAAUGUCAUCAAGUUCGUACAGAAACUAAGUUUCGUCUUGCCAGUAUUGUUACUGCAGAAAUUGGUAUAAGUGGCCACCCCGGGAAAUCAGAGUAUGCCUUAAUUCUGAUUUAUACAUUGUAAGACAAAGUUAAGAAAGCCAAUGAAUUUGAGACUGCCGUGCAGUGUAUAAAUUGAAAUAUGGGCAUGUUCUGAUUUCCCUAGGCAGCCAUUUAUUUCUUCCAAUUUCACCAGUAUAUGAGUUUACCAAUAGAGAUUUAUAUGCCACGAGCAUAUAUAAGAUAAACCAUGUCCUAAAAGGUAUUUGAAUUUCUGCUAUUAAAAUACUCUUUCAUCAUGGUUCACUUCAUUUAAAGGGACACGAAUGACAGUGGAUUAAGGAGGGGAAGGAUGCCCCUAGUCACCACCUUGUAUCAUUUGUGUGCACAACUCAAUCUAAAAUUACCUCCCCAGUGUUAUUGAGGUGUGGUUUUGCAAAUGGCUUUCAUAUUUCUGGUGGGCACUGAGAUAUUUUGUUCUUGUGUACAGUUUAAGUUUCAGCUGAAUAAUUUUCUAAUGAUCCUGUUUGAAAAAGGUACAAUCCUACUGGAAGCCAUUUCAUUUGAGAAACGAAAAUAUCUCGCACCCUUCUUGUGGCUUCAAUGGAAAAUCCAUGGGACAAGGUUAUCCACUUCUUGUUUCUAAGCACAUUUCAUCUUAACAUAACAAGACUAUUGUUGGUAGUCUUAUUGCUGUAAACCUUCAAUAAUACCCAGCAUCACAAUGACAAACAUGUCAAUUACAUUCAGCCCAUGAAGUCUACGAUUUCUUAUGAGAUAUGCAUUUCCAUGACAAUUGCUACAGAUGAAGAAUCGGCUGGUUAUCUCCAGAUCUGUAGAAUUAUUAAAUUUGAUUCUUUAUGGUCAGCACACCCCAAGACUGUUUUCUCAAGUUAUUUUUUAUGGUUAGACCUGUUUGAUUACAUGUCUUAGGCCCCUUGUUGUUGAAUCUAAUUUCAUUUUGAGACUGUCACUCGCCAGUCUUGCGAAAUUUUUCAUUAAUUAGCGUUCAGUUUUUUAUGAGACCUACUUCUAAUGAAUCUUGACAUCAAGGCGCAUAGCUGUAAUCCAUGAAAAGAUUUCCUCCUACCACUACCCCUCCCGAAAAUGCAAAAAAAUAACAGGGUAGGAAACUGUGGCAGGGGAAAGUUGCAUGUGUCUUGGUGCUGUGGCCAAGAUUUUGACAUCACAUGGAUUACAGAUGGUCUGUUGCAAUGACGUUAUGGAUGUUUUCCCAUGUCAUCCAAUGCAUUUAGCAUGACGCUUCUGCAAAUUCCUGCCUUUUCUCGAGCAGCCUUGCCAGAAUGAAGUUUUCGACUUCCUUUAGAGGUAGGUCUUAUAAAAAGUGGAUUGAAAUCAUCAAUAUGAGUGCGAUAUGAAAUGCUUCUCGACAAUGCUGAGCAAACUUUAAUGAUAUCUUCAUUAAAGUCAUUUUACUGUAGCACCAAGUAUAGAUUAAAUCCACACUCGACAGCACCUAUAACAUAUGGAUAAACAUUAGAAUCAGACAUUGAUGAACAUGAGGUUUCUUCCACAACUAAAUUUGCUUCACUUUUGGCUGUAUAUAUCGAAACUAUUGAACCAUUCUGAGUUAUAGAAACCCUGGGCUGAGUUGUUAAAAAUGUGUUAGAUGUAAUUGUCUUAUUGCAAAAGCUUUUUUGUGGGAUUAUCUGAAAAACAUAAUGUCUUCAAGGAUAUACUUAACAUGAGUGUAAAGGAUAACAUGAACUUCGUUCUUUUGAACAACAGGGACUAGAAUAGUGUAAAUUAGUCUGCAAAAGCUUGUCCAUAGAACAGUAAACACUUUGUGAAUGGCAGCCUUAUGUGUAUGUAUGUAUACAUUCAAUGAAAUCAACAACACAAAAAUAUUCGUACACAUUAAAUGAAAUCCAACUGGCAUUAUUGUGGAAUUUUUGUGAUUGUGUGAUUCGAAUUUUGAAAGAAAUUUUUAUUUUUCUUAUGAUUUUCAUAUAAUCAAAUUUGUUGACAUUGUUGUCUCACUGCAUUAAUUAGUUGGUCUGGUUCGUCAAUCAACUUGAUGCUAAUGCUUUGAAAAAUAAGAAUUUCACCUUUAUCUUUGUUCUCAAAUAUAUGAAUAGACUGCCUGAUUACGCCUCCAGCAACAUGACAAAUAAGACUGACCAAAUCACAUCUUACCCCAAUCUAUAUUACUCAUUAAAGAGGCAAGAUUUUCAUGUCAGUGAUCGCCUAUGACGCCAUCGUAUCGACUAAUCACGAUUGGCUUGAGUGUCAAGAUGUCCAAAUGCAGAUCAUGCUUUUAUUCUGAGUUGUUUAACAGUUUGUCUGGAGCCAGAACAAAAUUUGCUGAUUGCUGGUUCAUUUUGGCUCAUUCGGGCAGUUAAUUUCUAAUGACCAGUUCGUAGAUUUUGUGUUUGGGUGUCCAUAGAUGUAGAGUGGCCACAUAAGUUGCUUUUCAUCAUUUUACAGUGCCACCAAUAGUUGAUUGAGGAACCGAACAAAACACAAAAGUUAUAAUUGUUAUAAACACUGUUUGUUGAGUAGAUAAGGCUUUAGUCAGAAUCUAGAAUGAGAAAAUAGUUUUGUAUUUGGUAGAAGAUUAAUAAAAGUUGUUUGUGGUUGUCAUA